AAGUACUUUUCAAGCACAAGCAAUAGAAGUUCUCUACUGGGAUAUCGCCAUUGGUUUAGUUGCUAGAACAUAAAUGGGAAGGGAGAAUUUUAAUGAACUUGAAGGUAACACUUUGGAAAAUUUUAGUACAUCAUUACAUGAUGAAGAUGAUGAAGAAGCUCUCAAGUGGGCUGCCCUUGAGAGACUUCCCACUUUCGAUCGUGUAAAGAAAGGUUUGCUGCUAGGAUCAAGGGGUCGGACUAGUGAAAUUGAUAUAAAAAACCUUGACUUUCAUGAAAGAAUUAAGACCGUGGAAAGGUUGGUGAAGAAUACUGAAGAAGAGAAUGAAAAGUUCUUGUUGAAGCUCAGGAACCGGAUUGAUAGGGUUGGAAUAAAGCUUCCCACCAUUGAAGUUCGAUUUGAGCAUCUAAAUGUUGAUGCUGAAGCUUAUGUGGGAAGCAGAGGUUUGCCUGCAUUUUUAAGCUAUUAUACUAAUAUGGUGGAGAGCUUCCUCUGCUUCAUCCACGUACUUCCGAGUAGAAAGAAACAAAUCCGCAUUCUUCAAGAUGUUGGUGGAAUUAUAAAGCCUUCCAGAAUGACUUUGCUUUUGGGCCCUCCAAGCUCUGGAAAGACCACACUGCUAUUGGCCUUGGCUGGGAUGCUUGACCAAGAUCUUAGGUCCACCGGCAGGGUUACUUAUAAUGGCUAUGACAAGCGGGAGUUUGUGCCUCAAAAAUCUGCUGCGUAUAUCAGUCAACUUGAUCUCCAUAUACCUGAAAUGACUGUCAGAGAGACCUUGGCUUUCUCUGCAAGAUGCCAGGGUGUUGGAUCACAAUAUGAUAUGUUGAUGGAAUUAUUAAGAAGAGAGAAAGCAUCGAACAUUAAGCCAGAUCCUGAUAUUGAUAUUUUUAUGAAGGCUGCAGCUACAGAAGGCCAAGAGAUGAGCAUUAUUGUGGAUUAUGUAUUGAAGAUUCUAGGUCUAGAAGUCUGUGCAGAUACCUUGGUAGGGGAUGCCAUGUUAAGAGGUAUAUCUGGAGGGCAAAAGAAGCGCCUUACUACAGGUGAAAUGCUGGUUGGACCGGCAAAGGUGCUGUUAAUGGAUGAGAUAUCAACUGGGUUGGACAGCUCCACAACUUUCCAAGUUGUCAAUGCAAUCAAGAGAUAUGUCAACAUUCUUGAUGGAACUGCUCUAAUUUCUCUUUUACAGCCCCCGCCAGAGACUUACGACCUCUUCGAUGACAUUAUCCUCCUCUCUGAUGGACAAAUUGUGUAUCAAGGACCACGUGAAUAUGUCCUUGAAUUUUUCGGAUCCAUGGGCUUUAAAUGUCCUGAAAGGAAAGAAGUGGCCGAUUUCCUGCAAGAAGUGACAUCAAGGAAGGAUCAGGAGCAGUACUGGGCUAAUAAAGACGAGCCUUACCAUUAUGUUACAGCCAAAACAUUUGCAGAGGCAUUCAAGUCAUUUCACAUUGGCUUGAAACUCAUAGUAGAGCUUCAUACCCCAUUCGAUAAGAGCAAGAGUCAUCGAGCUGCUCUGACAUCCAAGAAGUAUGGUGCUCGAAAGAAGGAGCUUGUGAAAGCUUGCUUAUCAAGAGAACUCUUGUUGAUGAAAAGAAAUUCAUUCGUCACCAAAUUCAAGCUCAUGCAGAUCUCAGCACUAGCAUUUGUCUUUAUGACAGUCUUUUUCCGAACUGAGAUGCACCGGGACUCAAUAAGUGAUGGAGGGAUCUUUAUGGGUUCUCUAUGCUUCUUGUUGUAUCUUAUGUUGUUUAAUGGAUUCUCGGAAAUGGGCAUGGUCAUUGCAAAACUUCCAGUUUUCUAUAAGCAAAGGGCUCUUCUCUUUUAUCCUCCAUGGGCUUAUGCUCUGCCCUCGUGGUUCCUUAGGAUUCCCAUUACAGUUAUAGAAGUAGCCGUCUUCGUUGUCCCCAUUUAUUAUGUCACUGGUUAUGAUCCAAAUAUUGGCAGGUUCUUCAGACUGUAUCUUCAACUCCUACUUAUGAAAGUGAUGGCAUCUGCAUUCUUCCGAUUCUUGGGGGCAGUUGGUAGGACUGCGAUUGUUGGGAACACAUUUGGUGCUCUGGCUUUGAUGACUAUUUUGAUUUUUGGUGGAUAUAUGCUCUCACGAGAUAAUGUGAAGAAAUGGUGGAUCUGGCUUUACUGGUUGUCGCCUGCAAUGUAUGGACAAAAUGCACUAGCAGUAAAUGAGUUCCUUGGAAACAGCUGGAAACAUCCCGUUUAUCCAAAUUCAACAAAACCAAUUGGAGUUGCUGUUUUGGAAGCUCGUGGAAUGUUUCCAUUUUCAUAUUGGUAUUGGCUAGGAAUUGGAGCAACAAUUGGAUUCACACUACUAUACAAUUGUCUCUUUACUAUUGCCCUUACUUAUCUCAAACCGAUUGAGAAGCGUGAGUCCUUUAUAUCAGAAGAAACAUUGAAAAGUAGAUGGGUAGAUAAUAUUGGAGCAACAAUUGAGCUUCCUCAUCAAGGGAGAAGAUCUGUUGGUGGGACUGAAUCUGCAGAGAGAGGAAUUGGGAUGAUGAGAAGAGUCUCUUCUGCCAUAACAUUGACAACAACUGGGACCAAUUCGGAGGUACACCAAUCACAACCCAAAAGAAGAGGAAUGAUUCUUCCGUUUGAACUACAUUCUAUCACUUUUGACGAAAUUAGAUACUUCAUCGACAUGCCGCAGGAAAUGAAAGAACAAGGCAUUAAUGAAGACAGAUUGGAGCUGUUAAAGGGUGUGAGUGGCACUUUUAGGCCCGGUGUUCUUACAGCUCUUAUGGGGGUUAGUGGUGCUGGUAAAACCACUUUGAUGGAUGUUCUAGCUGGUAGGAAAACUGGUGGAUACAUUGAGGGUACCAUAACAGUUUCUGGUUACCCAAAGAAGCAAGAAACAUUUGCUCGAAUUUUUGGUUAUUGUGAACAGAAUGACAUUCACUCUCCCUAUGUUACUGUCUUCGAGUCCUUGGUCUACUCAGCAUGGCUUCGGCUACCUCUUGAAGUUGAUUCUGAAACUCGAAAGAUCUUUGUUGAGGAGGUAAUGGAACUUGUGGAACUGUCCUCAUUGAGGGAAGCACUUGUUGGGUUGCCAGGUGUGAAUGGCCUGUCACUGGAGCAGCGCAAGAGAUUGACUGUUGCCGUUGAGCUUAUGUCAAACCCCUCCAUAAUUUUCAUGGAUGAGCCAACCUCAGGACUUGAUGCAAGAGCCGCAGCCAUUGUGAUGAGAACAGUUAGAAAUACUGUUGACACUGGAAGAACAGUAGUGUGUACAAUCCAUCAGCCAAGCAUUGACAUCUUUGAAUCUUUUGAUGAGCUAUAUCUAAUGACACGAGGAGGACAAGAAAUAUAUGUUGGGCCAUUGGGUCAGCACUCUUGCCACCUAAUUACGUAUUUUGAGGGUAUAGAAGGAGUAGGAAAAAUCAAGGAUGGUUAUAAUCCAGCAACAUGGGCUUUAGAGGUUGCAACUUCUGUCCAAGCCGCACUUGGAAUAAAUUUCAAUGAUGUUUACCGUAAUUCAGAACUAUACAGGAGAAAUAAAGCUCUCAUUAAAGAGCUAAGCACCCCCUCUCCAGGAUCGAAGGACCUGUAUUUUGUUACAAAAUACUCACAGCCAUUCUUCAUCCAAUUCAAAGCUUGCUUAUGGAAACAGCAUUGUUCAUAUUGGCGCAACACAUCAUACACUGCUUUUAGACUUUUCUUUACAGCAUUUGCAGCUUUGAUAUUUGGAAGUAUGUUUUGGGACCUCGGCUCCAAAUGGAAGAGGCAACAAGAUUUAUUUAAUGCAAUGGGUGCUAUGUACACUUCUGUUAUCUUCAUUGGUGUUAACAACACCUUUUCAGUGAUGCCAAUAAUUGCUGUGGAACGAACAGUCUUUUAUAGAGAAAGGGCCGCUAGAAUGUAUUCAGCCAUGGCAUAUACCCUUGCACAGGCUAUGAUUGAGCUCCCUUAUCUUUUUGUACAAGCAGUGGUGUUUGGUGUUAUCAUUUAUGCAAUGAUUGGAUUUCAGUGGAAUGCUGCUAAGUUCUUCUGGUAUAUGUUCAUCAUGUAUUUUAACUUGUCGGGCUACACCUUUUAUGGUAUGAUGGUCGUGGCAUUGACACCAAACUUGCAAGUUGCAUAUAUAGUUUCCACUGCAGUCUAUGGACUAUGGAGCCUGUUUGCAGGAUUUUUGAUUCCAAGACCUAGAAUUCCAGUGUGGUGGAGAUGGUAUUAUUGGGCAUGUCCACUUGCUUGGACCUUAUAUGGAUUGAUUACCUCACAAUUCGGAGAUGUGAAGGACACGCUUGACACAAAUGAAACAGUGCAAAGUUUUAUCAGAAGUUAUUAUGGUUUCAGACAUGAUUUCCUUGGGGUUGUUGCUGCUGUAAUGGUUGCAUUCCCAGCAUUCUAUGCUCUCACCUUUGCUUUUUCAAUAAAGGUGCUUAAUUUCCAGAAGAGGUGACAAGAUUGUUGCGUACAAAUAAUGUAAAAUUUACAUGUCUGAUCACAUGUAUUACUUUAAUAGAUGGGGUCUUUCUGCUGUGAAAAAU